CCAGCUAUAUCAGUCAAUGACCCAGCCUUCACUAAGCUAGCAACCACAUGGGUCGCAACAUGCAACAGAGAGCACAAAGAAUGCCUCAUUCUUCAUCCGACCUACCGUCCAAGCCGGUUAAUCCAUAUAGUUGAUGUCGGCCACGUGAGGCUUAUAAUAUCCAACAAAGAAGCUUCAGCGCCCUACGUGGCAUUUUCUCACUGCUGGGGAAAGGUCCAGACAAUCAAGCUCCUCGAUAGUAAUAUCAACAAGCUUCAGGCCGGCCUGCCGCUAGUGCAGCUUCCAAACACCUACCAAGAAGCUAUCCGCCUAUGUUGUGAGAUAGGAUUUCACUAUAUAUGGAUAGACUCAUUAUGCAUCAUUCAGGAUUCCGCUGAGGACUGGGCGCGAGAAGCAAAAGACAUGAAACUCGUUUAUGAGCACGCAAUCUUCAACCUAUGUUCAGCCACCGCGUCUGACAGCUCUGGGAGGAGCUUCAUCAGGAGA